AUGGCAAGAAAACUCAAUCCAGAUUUCGUGAAAGGUGCCAAACCCGUCACGUCAUUGUGUCCUUCACCUUGCCAGUGCUCUCUAGAUACAGCCUUUAAAGGUUUGACCGUAGACUGUUCUAAUAAAGGUUUGCUUAAAAUUCCAGACAUACCUUCUCAUGUGACCGUAUUGGACUUACAAAACAACCGCCUCACUUUUAUAACGUGUCAGGAUUUCGCAAAAACUCUCAACUUACGCAUAUUAAGAUUAUCACACAACAAGAUCAAUACGCUAGAAAAAUGCACGUUUGCGAACUUGACUAAACUAGAGAAAUUGGAAAUUACCAACAAUGAACUGUCCCAUGUGGAAGAAGCUUUUGAGAAUAUAAUUCAUUUAACUUACUUAGAUUUAAACUCAAAUACUAUCAAUACCUUAACGCCAUUCGUCUUCAAAAAUCUCGCGUCGCUACACUUCUUUGAUAUUUCAAAUGCUUUGACACGUUUUGAUGUUGACCUAUACAACAUUAAAAACAUGGAGGUCCUUGAUUUAUCUAAUAAUCUCGUAGCAGGUUUUUCUGAGAACAACUGCCAAGAUUUCGCUGAACUAAAAACUAGGAAUCCAAACUUUAAGAUCAGAAUCCAAUCCAAUCCUCUGAUGUGUACUUGCGAGUACCUGUCAUUCGUCCAUCUUCUAAUCACCCACCCAGACAUAUUUGAUAGUGUAGACUCCAUCAACUGUACCACAAUUGACGGCUCCAACUUAUCACAUGACCAACUGGCCACAUUCUACCCUCAGUUAAUGAAGAGCUGUGUCUCUCAGGAAAUUUUCAUUGGAACUCUCGUUACGUUUUUCAUCGUUCUCGGCACUGUCUUGUUGUCGGCCAUGUUUUACUACAACAGAUGGAAAUUUGCGUACCUCUAUUUCAUUGGAUCAAAGAAACUUCACGUUGGUGAUGUACCAUUGGUGUAUAAACAAAUUGCAGAGGUCUUUAUUACAUACGAGCAGGAACCAGAAUACAUUCGCCUGGCUAGACAAGUCUUCAUCCCUUGGCUAAAAGACAACCACGUGACCUACCUCCACGGGGAGGACCACUUCCAGGCCGGUCCACAGAAUCACAACAUCGCUGGUGCCAUAGUCGGCACGAGAAAAACUCUCGUCCUACUCUCGCGAGAUAUCUUUGAAGACCGUUACCGGGAACUCGAGAUGAACCUGGCCAUCAUGCACGAAAUGAAUUGUUCUGAUAGGAUCAUCCAACGAAUAAAAUGCUUUAAUUUGUAA